AUGUAUCCACUACCGAUCCCCAUCUCCGCUUCUUCUUCUUCUACUCCGGCGACGGAUACGACAGACGUUUCGUCUCCGCUUCUGCAUCGAAACCACCGGCGUGUUCUCUCCCUUUCUUCGCAGCCGCUACGUGGCGCAGCGUCGCGGCUUCUUCGCCGUGCUAGUAGUCACCGUAUGAUGCUUCGUGAGUCAUCGGUUCGAGUCCGUGAAACCGCAGCUGAGCAGAUUGAGGAGAGACAGAGUGAAUGGGCUUACUCUAAACCGGUUAUAGUCUUAGAUGUGUUAUGGAAUCUAGCUUUCGUGAUUGUGACAAUUGUGGUUCUAGGGUUUAGUUCUGAAGAAAACCCUGAUGUUCCUCUUAGGUUUUGGAUUGUUGGGUAUAAUUUACAGUGUUUGAUUCAUGUUGGAUGUGUAAUCGUUGAGUAUCGUCGACGACGACGACGAGGUGAUGAUGGUAAUAAUGUGAAUGAAGAUUCUGAUUCUGGUUUAAGCUCUAUUCAAGGAUCUAGUGAAGAUGAAUCUGUUGAUUAUGGUACAGUAGAUGAUCCUGAGAUUGAACCUGGAACUAGUCUUGCUAAGCACCUUGAAUCAACAAAUGCAAUCUUCUCAUUUGUGUGGUGGAUCAUUGGGUUUUAUUGGAUCACUGCUGAUUCUGAGGAACUCGCGCAAAGUUCGCCUCAACUCUACUGGCUUUGUGUCGCGUUUCUCGCCUUUGAUGUUAUAUUUGUAGUCCUUUGCGUCGCUGUGGCUUGUAUCAUUGGUAUUGCUGUUUGCUGCUUUUUGCCUUGCAUCAUUGCGGUUUUGUACGCUUUGGCAGAUCGGGAAGGUGCGUCGGACGAGGAGAUAGAAAGGCUUCCGAAAUUCAAGUUUCUCACGGUGAGAAAUUCAGAGAAAGUGAAUGGCGAGAUACGGGAAACUCAUGGAGGAAUAAUGACUCAACUUGGUGUUGAUUCUCCAACCGAACGUGUGUUAUCAAACGACGAAGCUGAGUGUUGCAUUUGUCUGUGUGACUAUGAAGAUGGAACAGACUUAAGAGAACUUCCAUGUAGACACCAUUUCCAUGAUGCUUGCAUAGACAAAUGGCUACGCAUUAACGCCACUUGCCCUCUCUGCAAAUUCAACAUCCUCAAGACCGGUGAACAAAGUGGCAACGAUGCAGUAUAA